CACAACCUUCCGAACUGGGCUAGUUCCAAACGAUAAGUCAUCCCCACGCGUCGCCACGCGAGGACAUCGAACUCCGCGCCUCCCAAUCCCCAUCGCCACCUCACCUCACCUCCUUCCCCCGUCCACCCGCACCAACCCCCAUGGACGGCGCCUUCGACAUCCCCGACUCCACCGAUUGGCUCAACACGCCCUUAAACCUCCUCAGCACGCUCGAAAAUGCCCUCCACUGCCAGAUCUGCAAAGAGUUCUACGACACGCCGAUGACCACGUCGUGCUGCCACACCUUCUGCUCGAAAUGCAUCCGCACCUCGCUGUCCACCGACGGCAAGUGCCCUGCGUGUCGGACGGCGGACCAGGCGAGCAAGUUGCGCAAUAAUUGGGCGCUGCAGGAGGUUGUGCUUGCUUUUCUUGCUGCGAGGCCGGCGGCUUUGGGCGUUGCGAGGAAGGAGCGCGAUGCGUUGGAGGAGGCGAAGAGGGGCACGAAGUCGGGGAAGCGGAAGAGAGCGGUGCUCGAUUCGGAUGAUGUGGCUCAGAUGGAGGUGGAGGGGCGAAGUACACGGCGGAAGAGUCAGAGGAUUGCGGCGUCACAUGGUUCACAGCCCGAAGCGAUUGAUGAAGUCGACGACUCGGACGCAGGUAGCACCUUCGAGCCCGAGCACGAAGAGCCAAUCGACGACGGCCUCGUCGAAUGCCCACUAGGCUGCGGCAAGCGGAUGAAAAUCGAAGCCGUGGAACCACAUCUCGACCGCUGCGAAGAUGAACGCAAACAAGCGAGUAGAUCCCAAUCACGAACGCCUCUCAGCAACGGCCUGCAUCGACUCCCGAAUACCAACAACUCCUCCACCACCAAACCCCAAGACCGCAUCUCCGAAUUCAACUACUCCCUCCUCAACGAAACAAAACUGCGCAAAAAGCUGGAAGAAGCCAGUAUUCCCGCCUGGGGCCCGAAACAGCUGCUCAUCAAGCGGCAUACAGAAUGGGUGAAUUUGUGGAAUGCGAAUUGCGAUUCGAGUCGGCCGCGCAGCAAGAGAGAAUUAUUGCAGGAGCUGGAUACAUGGGAGCGGACGCAGGGGGGUCGCGCGCCGGGUGUGAAUGGGUUGGCGAGUAGUGUUAUGCGGAAGGAUUUUGAUGGGGUGGGGUGGGCGAAUAAGAAUCGAGGGGAUUUUGCAAAGUUGAUUGAUCAGGCGAAGAGAAAACACGGGAGUCCUGGUACAGAAGGGGAGGGGACAGGGAAGAAUGUGGAUGAGGCUGGACAAGAUGGCACUACAGUGAAGUCCCUCGAGGGGGCUGGCGAUAUACCGCCUCCGAGUGGACAGAGUGCUCGCGCUGGAGAGGAGAACGUGGAAGCAACCGACCUGUUUGCGCCGCGACGCGAUGAGUCGAUGACACCCUCGGGCGAACAACACCAUGACCCACACAACAACCACACCCGCAGACCAAGCCUACCAAUCGACGUUACCCCCGCCGUGGCAGGGAGUCCGCCAAGAAAGGUCCCCAUGUUCCGACUACCGGAAGUGCCUGUCAGGGAUGUGGAUGCGGACGGGCAUGGAGGACAUUGAGUGGCUGAUCCUUCAAUGAAGUGGUUCUAGCUAUGAGAUAUGUGUAUCGACAAGAAAGCUUAUAUUCCAUGUGAACAUAAUAUCAUAUCCAUACUUGACCGACAGAUACAAGGCACUCUUCAUAUACACACAACGCGCGCGCAAAUCACGAAUAUCCUCCCCCACGAUCCAUGCCCAGCACGCCCAAAAAAUCAAAACAUCAACCCCUCACUUCAACGCCGCAUAAGCCUCCUCCCCCCUGUCCCCCUCCCCUCCACUCCCCGCCCCACCAG